UCCUCUGCAGUCUGUACUCCUCUUUCUUCCUCACCCCGGCUCCCCUUGUAUCCAGAUUUGUGUUCCCUGUAGACACUCUGAACCUCAGCAGGGGGUGUGAUCUGUGUUGGGUCUCCAACACAUAGGCUGCUGCCAGAUCGCUCGCCGCUGAAAUGGCUGAAAUGACAGCUAUACUGACCGAUACGUUGAUGGUGAAGUUCAGCCGUGCCAUAUCUACAGUGCUGAGUCUGAUGAGGUCAUUGGAGGAGCAAGCAGUAGGAGAGCGAGCGCGGCCGGAGGAGUUGUCGCUCAAUAGUUACGUGCUCCUUCAGGCGUACAUUUUGAUGGCGGUGACGGGGUUAGGCUACCUGGCGCUCACAUGGUCGACGGUAGUCCUCCUGGGUGGCUUCGUCACCUCGUUGGGCAACAAGGAUUUUUGGUGUCUCACAUGCAUUAGCAUGGUACAGGCAGCCAGGAUCUUCAACGACUCAGGGGACAACCUAUUCCCUAUAUUUUUGAACCUAAUGGAGAAUCUUUCGAGGAAAGCUUUUACAGGUCCUAGGGAACAUCUUACACUAAGUUGGUAUCUACCGAGACAAGUUAUUCAGUUGGUAGAAGUUAUCAUUAUCCAAAUAUCAUCCUUGCCAGCCCUGGUAGUGGUUCUAAUGGCAGGGAUCCUUUAUAAACUUGGGCCUGUUGCAUGCAUUGUGCUCUCACUGUGGCGCCUAUGGCAGCAUGAUUAUUGCAACACCGCAUGUGACGACAACAAAGCGAACCUGGUGCCAGCACUUUACAUAUUCUACUGUUUGGUUAUUGGCCAAGGUGUGCUCUUCUUCAUAUGGUGGUUGAUGGAUGUGUCAGUGAUGAGGGUUAUGGUUUUGUUCCGGGAAGAAUGCCAGUUACCAGAAAAGUGGGGCAGCAUAACAAUUUCAGGUUACCUAUAUGAUACCAGAGCAAAAUGCUGGCGAGACCCUACAUCCAUAGAUGGUAUGAAUUUGAUCAACUAUGCUGUUGAUUUGGUUGACUCGGAAUCGCAGAAAGACUACCUCUCAGGAGCAAGGAUGCUCGAUAACUUCAUUAAGAUGGAGGCAGAUGUAAGGUCCCUGCUACUCCCCUCCAGACCAAAGAUUCAAAAGCUGAUUGAUACGCUAGGAUGGAGAAGCAGCAACAGAGAGCUCAGGGAGGUCGUCGCCAGGAUCGUCGCAUACCUUGCCGGUGACAUUCAUUUGUCCCAGUUCCCAGGGGCGAUACACUGCAUAUCCUUGCUGCUCGAUACCACCCUGCCGUAUUGGAACAACCAACAAGGACCCAAUCAUGCUACUGUUAGUGAGUCAGAAAAAGAUGCUGACAGUGCUAGGGAAAGGUUUAUUUCUCUCGCCAAAGAAAUAGAGGAAUGUAGAGGAAGAAGAGUUGCUGGUUUCAGUAAGAAAAAAUCAAUUUUUGUUCUCAAACGCACUGAGGACAACAAAGCAAAAAUUGUCAGAAGUCAAGGUGGUGACAUUCGGCAAGAUGGAGUGGAUAGCUCAACCCAUCAUGGCAGCAAAGAAGAUGGUUGGAAUGAGCUGAUUCUACAAGGCCUCACAAUUCUUGAGAGGCUCGUCUUCGAUCAACACAAUUGCAACGACAUAUGCAACACCCCUGGUCUCCUCCCUAAGAUCAUGGCACCACUGUACUCCGAGACACUAAUCCAAGAUAUCAAUGCAAAUCAAUGGGCCGAUGUAGUGAAUGGGUCACUCAAAGUGGUACACAUGCUCAUCCGUGCCCCAGAUUGGAUUGGCAAAAGUGAUCUGGUCCACAAAAUCUGUUCCAACGGCCAUGCACUGAGCAACCUAGAGAGAAUUCUUUAUCAGGGAAAAAAUGAUGGCACAGAACUGCAGAUGCGAGCCAUAGAAAUCCUGACAGAACUGGCCACUGAUUCGUCAGCCAACCUCAGCACCGAAACAAAAGAAAAUCUAAUCAGAAAGCAGUUGCAGAUAUUCCUUACUGAUGAUGAAGGGGACAAAGAUGGUUUGAACAAGAAGAAUGAUGAUAAAGGGGACAAAGGAAAGCUUAGAGUUACAGCUGGGAAAUCACUGGCAUUGCUUUCCAAGAUGGAAACUGUCUCUAAGUUCAUAAAAAACCAACAGAACAGCAUUGCUGAUUGUCCCAAUGAAAUACUUGAUACUAAGAACGACAUCACGUACAGGACAGUAGCAUUGGAGAUCUUGGAGAACUUGUGCACUCACUGUACAUUGGACAAGGACUAUGUGAAGGAAACCUUGCUGCCAAAGGUCCUCACGGAAGUACUAGCCAGUACACGAGACCUCCCUAAAGAACAGAGAGAAGAGAGAAAAAUGUCUGCAAGGGAAAAAAGAUGUGCAAGAAGGGGAAAUGAUGAAGAAAAACAACUGACAAUAGAACGUAGCGGCCAAAUCAAGAAGUCACCUGAUAAGUCAAGUGAGGAGCUAAAAGCUGAAAUAGAAUACCGAGAAGCAUUGUUAUCACUUACUUUUGUGAUGUGUGAGUGUGACAAACUGAUCAGCGUCGAUGACUUCGAUGAUGUGGUUCGAAAGAUUUCUCUAGAGGAAGGUGCAUUUGUGGGAAAGCUCAGGGCUAUAGUAGAAGAGAACUGUGAGGACAGAGCUGAUUGUCUAAGAAUCGUGAAGCUUUGCGGCCAGAUUGCGGUAUUAAUGCUGCAGCCCGGCCAGGACACCGUUCUGCUCAAUGAAUUCCUGAAGUCGUUGGAAAACGCUUCAAAGAUCCUGUCUAACCUUGAAAGCUGCAUGCUCUUUGCAGGGACUGAUUGCGGAGUAAAGAAGACAGCCAGGCCUCUCCUCUCCGAUCUUGUGGAAAAAGUCAGAAAUUUGGUUGGUAACGAGAAUGUAACUGUAAUUGGCUAAUUGCUACCCAUAUUCUAUCUUGUGUACCAGGAACAAACAAUCAUGUUUCUGCAGCCCUGACUUGCUUUAUUUUCUCAUAUUUUCAUAAUAAAGCAACAUUGUAUUGUUGCAAGACUUGGAGUCCAGAGCUAUUGUUUCUAUAG